CUGAGAAGAUGUUUGAACGGAGCAGGGAGGCCGAACUGAGCUGCACUGACCUCACCUCAAUAUGAUUCUGGAUGGAUGUGUGCUGAGAGCUCCCCUCCUGCUGGCGCUGGCCUCGCUGCUGCACGCCUCCAGGACGGGCCGGCUCGCCUCCGAGAAGCCGCCGAGGUCGCCGAGAGCGAGGCAGAGGAUGGUGAACCUGUGUCUGAACUCCUCAGCUGUCAUGAAAUUCCCCAGCCCGUCCUCCUCCAUCGCCGCCAACAUGUCCCUGACACCCUGGACCUACAGAGACUCCUUUGUGGAGUCUCGGAUCCCCAGACGGAUCUCACAGGCCCAGUGUCUGACCUCGGGCUGCCUGGACCCCCGGGGCGGAGGGGAGACCGCCAGCCUGCAGGCCCGACCCAUCAAAUACCAAGUCCUGGUUCUGCACAUAGUACCACGACAAAACCUCCCGACCAGGCGGAGACGGAGGCAGCACCAGUUCCAGCUGGGGAUGGAGGAGAUCACAGUGGGCUGCACCUGCGUGAGGCCCAGCGUCUUACUGCAGCCCUAACACAGACACAUACUGCUUUGUAAUUGCACUUUGUCAUAUCAAAAUGCAAUAAAAAAAAAAGUGAUAUCUUAGCUGAGAGGUGUUGGAAGUACUAUUUACAUAAAACUCCCUAUAAACAAGUUGUGUUACUGUGUUUUUAAUUUAAGGACAGCAGGUUUUGUCAGUGUUUGGAUAGUUGUGGGUCUGAAUUUCCUCCACCAUCCCACUCGCGUUUGUUCUUUUGCUCUAAUAGGUUUGGAUUUAAUUCGCUAUUUUA